UACACAGAGGGCAAGGGAGGGAGAGAGAGUGAGCGAGUGAGCGGGAGGGAGGGAGAGAGACAGAGAGGGAAUACAGAGACUGAAGAGAAGAGGUUCUUUGGCUGCUUACCACAACAGCCAGCCUGCCUAGCGUCUUGCCUCGUUUUCCGCUGGUUGCUUUAAUUUAUGAUUGCUGGAGCCAAAAGAGAAAGAAGGGCUGACAAAAAGCCCUCAAUCCUUCACUCAGCCUUGUCCACGGGAACGGAGGGGAGCUUAGGCCUCAAGCCAUUACUGCUGAAGAGGCCGGCACUGAGGACAUAAGGAAGGCAGAGCGAGGGAGACCGGGAAAGCCAGGCUUCCGUUGUCUCACUCUGGAGGCAAAGGUCUCUCGUGUCACCCUCACCUCUCUUUUCAUUUCCAUUUGUCAGCACUGAAGCCACAAAGCCUGAAGGAGAAGGAAACAACAGGAUCCAAGGCCUUGCUUCAUACAACAAACGGGAGGGAGAGAGAGGGAGAGAGUACUUCCUCCAACUUUUAUCCUGUUUUACAGAAGAGAAGACACGUGACCAGGCAACGAUAGAGGGCACUCCUCUUUUCAUCAGCGUUUGGUUUUCAUUUAAAUUUUCUUUUUCAUUAGCACAGAAAGAAGAAAUUAUUUCAACUAGGAUCUGGAGGUCAUCUUUGUUGGCUUUGAUUCUGGUGGCCUGGAAGAUAACACAACAGAGCACAAGCAGCUCCACAGCCCAAAGGAACUCUGGGAAUCCAGCACAUGUGGACUUUUUUUUUUACCUUGAAUGCCUACAUUCUUAGUUUGUUGUUGGUGGAGGUGGUGAUGACAACAGUGCUCAUCCUGCAUAAACAAGCGUGAUCUUUUGAGGACUGACAUUCCGAUUAAUUUUCGACCUUUCAAGAGUCUGUGUUUUGGGUGCUUAAAUAUCACAAAUAUCUAUCCUUGUUUUGGCCUUACCUCCUUGUGUUUUGAUUUUUUUGUUUGAAUUUAUUUUGGAGCAGCCACACAAGAGUGGAGUGAUAGAGACAUUGGUCCAGUCAGACACCACUUUCUCGACACAUUAAGAACUGGUUUGACUGGUUUUUGUAGGCAGAUAGUUCUGUUUUCUCUUGCUUGGUCUCAAGACAGCUGAAGUGUUUUUUCUAUCCUGGGUGAGGAGAGAAAACACUGAGCCAUUUCUCCAUAUUGAGAGGGGCUCUGUUCUCCCCCUCUGCAAGCUUGUAGCCAAUGAGACUUGUGUUUUUUUCUUCUUUUUGCCAUUUUCUACGAGAGCGUGAACGUCUGUGUUUAAUUUAUUGUUUCCUGUGAAAAGGGCAGGUUGAGCUCUGUUUCUUGCCUGAACUGUGAACUGGUCUGUGAAUUGGCGAGAGGAGUCAGAGGACUGAAGCAAAAGAAAAACACAAGAGUGAAUGAACAGAGGGAGAGAGAAAGGGGGUAGAAGAAAGGGGUGUGAGAACUGUGGACAAACAAAGCAAGAAGAGUUUGUCGGCUCAGCAGGACAGGAAUUUCCAGGUCACCGCUGGGUGGAAAGGAACUGCAACCUCUCCAAGGCAAAAUAAUCCUGUGAAUAUUUCAAUUUGUACUUUAUUUCUGGCUGACUUCAUUCUUUUUAAAAAAAAAUUAUUUAUCUGAAUCUGAAAAGGCAGAUUUCACCCAGAAACUUUAGCCAGAGAUUUUAUUUUUGAUUCAGUUAGACUUUACACUGGUGCUUUUAAAGUGGAAUAUUUGACUAAGUUUAGGAGUUAGUAUCCGAGGGUAGCUCCCUUUGAAGUGGGCAGGACUUGUGGGCUCAAUCUUCGGGACAGGCCUGGUGGCAGUGCGAUGGCCAUGGUGAGCGGGGGAUGGGGCGAUCCCGACGGGGACACCAACGGCCUGGGGGAGAAGAGCUACCUCCGGGGCGACGAGGAGGACGGGUCCCCCCAGGCGGGAAGCAGCGACAUCGAGGUGGGCGAGGACGACAAGGCCUGCGUCGUCGACUGCAGCGUAUGCGGCGACAAGUCCAGCGGCAAGCACUACGGCGUCUUCACCUGCGAGGGCUGCAAGAGCUUCUUCAAGAGGAGCAUCCGGCGCAACCUCAGCUAUACCUGCAGGUCGAAUCGAGACUGCCAGAUUGACCAGCACCACCGCAAUCAGUGCCAGUACUGCCGCCUGAAGAAGUGUUUCCGCGUAGGAAUGCGUAAAGAAGCAGUCCAGCGCGGACGCAUCCCGCCAACGCACUCAGGCAUCAGCCCCACGUCCAUGCCAGGGGGCGGGACCGGAGGAGGAGGCGGAGGGGGCGCGGCCGCGGGCGAGUUCUUCAACGGGCAGCCGGUGUCGGAGCUGAUCUGUCAGCUCCUGCGGGCCGAGCCGUACCCCAGCAGCCGCUACGGGCCGCAGUACGGGCACCAGCAGCAGCAGCAGCAGCAGCAGCAGCAGCAGCUGCAGGGCGGGGGCGGCUCCAUCAUGGGCAUCGACAACAUCUGCGAGCUGGCGGCCCGGCUCCUGUUCAGCACCAUCGAGUGGGCGCGGAACAUCCCCUACUUCCCGGACCUGCCCGUGUCGGAGCAGGUGGCCCUCCUGCGGCUCAGCUGGAGCGAGCUCUUCAUCCUCAACGCAGCGCAGUCCGCCCUACCGCUCCACAUGGCGCCUCUGCUGGCGGCGGCCGGCUUUCACGCCUCCCCCAUGUCGGCUGAGCGCGUGGUCUCCUUCAUGGACCAGGUGCGCGUCUUCCAGGACCAGGUGGACAAGCUGACGCGCCUGCAGGUGGACUCCGCCGAAUACAGCUGCCUCAAGGCCAUCGCUCUCUUCUCUCCUGACGCAUGCGGCCUGACGGAUCCCGUGCACGUGGAGAGCCUGCAGGAGAAGGCCCAGGUGGCGCUGACGGAGUACGAGAGGCUGCAGUACCCGGGCCAGCCGCAGCGUUUCGGGCGCCUGCUGCUCCGCCUGCCCGCCCUCAGGGCGGUGCCCGCCUCACUCAUCUCCCAGCUGUUCUUCAUGCGCCUGGUGGGUAAGACGCCCAUAGAGACGCUCAUCCGCGACAUGCAGCUCUCCGGCAGCUCCAUCAGCUGGCCCUACGUCCCAGGGCAGUAACGCGACCCCCGACCCCCUCCCCCUCCCCCUCCCCCUCCCCUCGCUGCGCUCAGACUCGCUCAUCCUCUCCCGUUCUGGCAACCGAGGUCCGAAACCGACAGGCUCUGGGCGUCCCCUGGCCUUUUGGUUCAAAGUCAUGUGUCCUGUAACAGAGCGGCUUCUCUUCGCACAAAAGAGCGCUGUUGUGAUGUCAUAACUCUGGAAUGCUGAUGUGUCAGGAGUUACAGGACUCGGCUUCUUUGUGAAACAAAAUGUUUCUGAAAAAAAGUAUUUUUCCAGAGUGGGCUAGUGAGACCACACUGCAGACUGAUUUCAUGACAUAUAAAUAUAUAUAUAUACAAUAUUUGUAGUCUGACAAAAAGGUUUGAAAGCUUUAUGACCUUUAAUUUCAAGCAACUGGUUUGAAUGAUAACGUAUGUCCAAGUACAGUCCAAUUGUAUUUUGGUCUUUAAAAAAAAAAAAAAAAAAACUCCAUAAUGAACAUUGGAGAUCUGGCCAUUUGUGUGACAAAUAUGCGUGACAAAUAACUACUAAUCCAAAUUAACUAACGUUUAAUGAAAAUCCUUCUUUGCUUGAAAAGAGCGGACAGUUCAGAAUUGAAUUGAAAAGGGAAAAAUGCCCAUAUCAGCAGCUUUUAACUGGCAGAAUGAUAGAAACCGUGGCAGACCUUGGAGCUGACAUUCAUUUUUAAUGAAGUUCACACUGAUAUUAUGUAUAUAUCAGGCCCAGUUAGAACCGGCUUGUACAUUUAUGAUUGUACUAUGUUGCCACAUUGAAGCCUAACCUUCAGAAUCAUAAUUAAGCACCACAGUAUAACAUUCUUUUGCUGCAAAACAAAUAUGACCACUUGUGUGGAUUUCAGCAGUUUGCAGCUUCUGUACAGCUAUCAACAUCUAUGACUGAAGCACAUUCCUUCCAUUAAAAAUAAUGGCCCAUUGAAGGUUCGUAAUACUUUCCAGAUGUCACUUUUAUAAAGAACUUGACCCCUUUAUGACACUUAUAAUACAUUAAUGAAGCCCAACCUUGAUAUCUGAAACAUUAGAAAGCUCAACAGGAAUGCUAUGGAUUGUAUAUGGGCCUUCAACAAAGAUAAUAUGAAUUACAAGAGAAUAACAUAUUAUGUACAGUUUUAUAGUGAGAACCUUUGAUAGGACUUGGCAUAUGUUAAAAUUAGGUAUGAGAAAUACCACAAAUUAUUUUGUUUCUGAAUGUAAUCAAAACAAUGUAGAGUUCUUUAGUAAACAAAUUCUAAAUAACUACUGGGCAGACCAAUCAAAAAACCUCUGAGGUGAUUGAUCUUUUUCACAUAACCUAAGAACAAAUUAUCAGAUCUUUAUUUUCAUGUAAUGAUAAAAAAAAUACCUCCGGCAUCCUUCAAGAAUUUUAUUGUACCUUUUUAAUACCCCCAAGACUGAAUUCAAUACACCAUAAAACACUGAAAAUAAUUUUUAU